AUGGAAGCGCUGUUUACGUUACCGGAAGCUUUUACUCGUCGCAGUAGUCCUGGUAGUAGUCCUAGUUCUGCUGCUAUUACUGCUCGAAUAAAAAUCGAGGAAGAGGAGGAGCAACCGCUCGCGUUUCUUUACGAGAAGACGAAGAAGCAUUGGAACGGACAACAUGUCGUCUCGAUCGCUUCGUGUACUCGUUCAACCGCGACGAAGGAAAACGACGACGAAGAGGAAGAAGAAGAAGGGACGAUGCGAACGUUUCAAAACGAGAUGGUUUCAUCAUCAACAUCAACAGCAGACGACGCCGACGUGGACGAUAUUCUUUGCGAUAUCGUGACCACGACGGCGAAGAAACGCGUGUGCGUCGUCGCGUCGAAAAGAACCGGAGUUGUCAGUUUUCUCCUCGAAGAAACAGAAGAAGAAGAAACAGAAGAAGAACGGGAGGAAAGUAUCCACGGCAAAUGUUUCGGCGAACGAGAGCGAAGCAAUAAUCGAUUGACGACAUUAAUCGCUUCCGCCAUGAGCGACGGCGGCGUGGUCGCGCUUUUAGGCGACGCGAACGGGGACGUGUGGUGCGCUCGAUGCGACGAUACCGUGAGAGGGUGCGUCGUCGAUAAGUGCGAAAGACGAGAAGGACCGGAGUUGACGGUCGGGUCGGAAUACGAUUAUUCGUCCACUCCGAGGAAAGGGGGUGGGAGUGGAGGAGAAGGAGGAGGAAGAGGAGGAGCUGGGUCGCUUUUGGCGUCGCCGUCAACGGCUGCCGCGAGAAUUGCGUCAAAGAUAUCCAAAAAGGCUGGGAGCUUUCUGUUUCAAAACGGAAGCGAGCAACCGGUGGUGGCGAUGAUGUGGGCAGAGAUGUCGCGAGAGGCUUUGAGAGGUGGAAAUACGGGGAUGAACACGGUUCAGAGGAUGUUCUUUGUAGCUAAAGAGAAAGGAGCGAUGGAAAUGUGGAUGUGUUCGCUGGAUUCUUCCGUGAUGACGCCGGAGAUGGUGUGCAGUUGCGACGUAAACGAGAAACUCGUGGCAAAGACGAACGCGUUUAGCAAAGUUUUAGAUUCAGAUUGGAUUUCUGUGCCGAAUGGUAGCCGUAUCGGUAGUAGUAAUAGUAAUAAUAGAUUCUUGAGCGUCGUUUUGUGCGAGUCUUUGCAGUUUGCAAAAGUUGCGCACGUCUUUGAAAUGGCAAAGAACACCGGCGAGUCUUCCGCAUCGACGCUCGAAGCGAAUCUGGUGCGCUCUUUUGAAAUUGCGGCAUCUGAGUGUGAUAGAGUUGCACUCUCGAGAAAUGGAAACGCCAUUGUUACGUACAGUAAUACCAGUUUCAUUGGCGGUGCUAGGGGACAGGCAAACGCGACGUGUCAUUACGGAGAGCAUUUUCAUAAAUCCAUGGUUUUGAAAGAAUCCGUCGCGUCGGUGUGCCGAAGUUUGCGCGAAUACAAUAGCUUCUUGGCGCUCGAUCCAUCGAGGUGCGUGUGGACGUUUUCGCCACCGGAUUCGGAAGAAUACGCGUCACCGCCGCAAGCGACGUCUGCGCAGCCGUUUACGAGUCCCAUAAAAUCGCGAAUCGUAGACGUUCGCAAACAAAUGUUUUCGCCGUUAGUAAGAGAAGCGCACGAGAUGAAGCUUGACGACGACAACAAUCCGCGUUCACCGUACGCGAGCGUCUCAACCGCGUACGACGAUAGCGCGAGAGCAGCAGAUGCGAGAUUCGUGAAAGAUGCGUUUGAAAAUUUGAACAAUUACGAAGGCAUAGCAGAGCUCGCGGCAAAACAAACCAUCGCGGGACCUGCGAAAGCGACGAAACCUUUCGCGGCGCAUUCGGCGGCUUUAGUCGAUACCUUACCGAAGCGCUGGGCAGGAGCAACAUCGAGAAGUGGUAAAGGAUUAAGGACGUUGUUGGAAGAAAAAGCGCGCGUGCACGAGAAAUACGCAAAGUUUCUCGUCGAUUCAGGCGCGUGGGAAAACACUACGCCAUCGGAAAAGAUGGAAGUCUUGAGACACGGAGAGACAACGUUUGCGUUGCUCCGGUUGCGAGCGCUGUUAGAUCAACUGAAGAUGGAAGAAACUGAAAAGCAUCGAAGUUUACUCAGCGAUAUAGUACGAUUUGCGGGGGAAGGCAUAGCAAAAGGCGACAACACGCUGACUCGUCUCGUUCGCGAUGACGCUAUCGACGUCGACGAUAUCUUUUUCAGCCGUUCGUCGUUCUUUUCAGACGUCUUUUGGAACGCGACUCGCGCGGUUGUCGAACAGAAAAUCAAAGAGGCUUCUCAACAAACGCAACGUUUAGCCGAUGACGUCGAGUACGAGUGCAUAAAUCAAGCGGCAAGAAUCGUGUCUAUCGCGCUCGAGUGUUCCAACGAAUACAGACGAUGCUGGUCGGAUUUAUAUCCCGCGCAAAGAGUUUCGGUUGAAGAAAACUGGACGUCGCAAGCGAGCGCGAGGGAGUGCAUGCGAACGAUUUCAAAAUUCUCCAUCGACGUGUUCAACGCGAGGAAGAGAUUGGACGUUGGUGUCCCGUUAUUCACGGUGGCGCAACCUUUACUCGACGCUUCUGCGUCUAACGUUCUUUACGCGAGAACGGAGAGAUCGUUGAUGGAGUAUAAAAGCGAUCGCACGUUGAUAUUGCCGACGUUGCUUCUUUGCGCUCGGGCGCACGUGUGUCCCGCGGAAAACGUCGCCGCGACGUGCGAAUCGCACUUUGGCUACGACGAGUUGUUCACUUUUUGCGACGCGGAAGGUGGAAAAGCGCGAUUGUUUCACUACAUGCGAACGUUAAAGGCGGAAGAUGCUGCGCCAUUUAACGAAAACGGGUUUGCGUUUUACGUCUUUGAAAAGAUAUUCAAUUCGUCGUCGUCGUCGAGAAGAGUUUCGGCUCUGCUCAGAGAACUCCCGGACGAGUUUUCCGAACAUCUCUCGCAUUUUUUUAUGACGAGUAACGACACCGCCAAGUGGGCGCACGAGAUUGGCAGGAAUGAAUUCGAGAAAGCCGGUGAGAGUCUUCAGAAAAUCGGGUUGUUGAGCGAGGCAAAGUUGGCGUAUUUAGUGAGCGGCGGCGAAGAGGCGGAGGAAAAAAUAGACAGAAUCAAUAGCAAGUUGUUGUUUUAA